CUUUUUCGAAGCAAUUCAACACAACUCAACAGAAUUCAAUACAAUACUACAUACGAAUUGGACGAUUGCGAUAUUUGCAAUAUCGAGGGGAUGCGCGACAGGCUUAAUGAACUCAAUUAACUGAAUAGUCUGUGUAUUAAUAAAGAAGUGCCUACUGGCACACCGCACAUCCUGCCGAUAUGCCACCAUUACUUCCCCGGCCGGUUCUCCUCCCACGAGGAUCCAUAUCACGAGCCCUCUUCUCCUCCACUGCCCGCCGACCCGGGCUGCCAAGGAUCCCUCCAGAGUCCCCUCUCUUCAUAAACGUGCCGAACCCGCCGCAAGAUCAGUCCAUAGAAGCCCUGCGCGAGCUUAAGCCUAUCAAGGGUCAUCUACCAGUGCCGCGGCAGGUUUUCAAGAAGCGUGAUGGUCACCUUAAGCCCCAAGAUGAAUGGCUUUCGCAGUCUGCACCCGAACCCUCCUCCGAGCGCUCUAAACAUGCUCCCCGCUCCGAGAUCCAAUCAUGGAAACGCCGAAUAGCCGCCUCCCGCCGAGAGAACAUGCGCGAGGGUGUUCGCGCUCUAUACUCUCGAAAGCAGCUCUUCGAUACCCGGCGACUUGAGCGGCAGACUGCCAGGCUGACCGCCAAUCGAGCCGCCGCCACAGCCCCAGAGCGCGAGGACGAGCGGUUAACUCGUGGCUCGAUAAACGCCGGCACAUUACAAACCAAGGUACAUCCGGACCCGGAACGCUUCGAGCGGGCCCUCGAGUCCCGCGAGCGCACCGAGUCCUUGACCACGCAGAGGAGCGAGGCCCGCCGUGACGCCAUCCAGGAGCUAUACAUGAAGGCACGGUCAUUCAUCGUCGACGAAAAGGAUCUAGAGACCGAGGUCGAGCGCCUAUUUGCCCCCGACUACUGGAAGAAGAUGGGGUUUUCGGCUAGCGGCUACGACGUGAACAAUAUCUGGGACCUGGACGGCAAGCCUAAGACCGUUGCCAAUAUGCUGAACGAUGUGUCGCGGACUACAAGCCUAUUGAUAAAGAACCUAGAGACAGAGAAGACCCGAACACUCAAGAGGCAGAAGGAGGUUGCCGAGGAGUUGACUGGUGGUAAGCUAGACGAAGCCUAGCGACGACUUGAAAGCAGAGGCAAGAAUUGUAAAUAUAAGUCUAUUAGGUCGCACCAAUCCUCUUUGGACGACAGCCGCAGCAUACUCUGGCAUCGAUGCCAAUUACGGUUAUCGGUACAAGUUUGACACCUUCACAAAAGUUGUACCAUGUAUGUACCUAUAAAACGACAUUUAUGAUCUACAAU